AUGGAUGAAGACGGUGUCAUCGAACCGCUCGUGGACGAUGACCUGGCCGAGGCAGCCGGUGAAGUGACGUCCGACUAUGAUCCGAGCGACGGGGAAACCACGUUCGGCUCCCUCACCUCCAGCGUCGGUGAACAUGUGUGGGAGUAUGGGAGACCCAGGCGAUACCAUGCUUACCGGUACGGGAGAUACCCUAUCCCGAACGAUGAGGAGGAAUACAAGCGGGAAUCGCUCCGACACAUGAUGCUGAAGGAGCUCCUGGGCGGCAAACUGUACUUGGCACCGAUCGGAGACAACCCCCAAAAGAUCAUUGACCUGGGCACCGGAUUUGGGGAAUGGGCCAUCGAAGUUGGCGAAAAGUUCCCCAGCGCCAGAGUGACGGGGGUAGACCUCUCGCCCAUUCAACCGCACUGGAUCCCGCCCAAUGUCGACUUUAUCGUCGAUGAUAUCGAGGAUCAAUGGGUGCACGCCAACGACUUCGACUUUGCCCACUUCCGUUUCGUCCACAGCAUCAUCAGAGCAAGCAGAACAGCCCUACGCAAUGUUCUAGAGAACCUCAAGCCAGGCGGCUGGGUCGAGAUCAAGGACAUCCUGCCGCGAGUAUCCUCCGACGACAACACGGUUUCGCCUGAGCAUCCCCUGGCUAAAUUCUACACGAUGGUUGGGUCCGCGCUGCGAGAAAAAUACGGAUUUAAUAUCUGGAUUAUGGAAACCUUACCUAGCCUGCUGGAGGAGUUGGGCUUUGUCAACAUACAAAGAAAAGUGUUUCACAUGCCCUUGGGCGAGUGGGCGCGGGACUCGCACUUGCGGGUCCUUGGCGGUUACUACCGCGAGGUCAUGGUUGACUUCGUGAGCGCCAUGGCGGCGCGGCCGCUCGUCGAAGCCGGUUUGGACAAGGAAGAGAUUGCGGACCUUGUCAGGGACAUCAAUGUGGUGCUCAGCAACAGACGCAUCCACGCUUAUACGCCAAUCCACUUUGUCUGGGCCCAGAAACCGCCAGCUUGA